GUCCUCGCCCAGCUGGUGACGCAGUCCAGCUCUUCCUCCUGGACGUCUUCCUCCCCUGGACUGUUCCGGAUGAAACGCCUCCCUCCCUCCCUCCCUCCGCCCCUCUGAUCCUCUUAUCAGCGAGUAAGCGGCCAAGAUGGAUGUUGUAAACCAGUUGGUGGCCCAAGGGCAGUUCAGAAUAAUCAAACAACCGCUGGGUUUCAUAAAAGUUCUACAAUGGAUCUUCGCGAUCUUCGCCUUCUCCACGUGUGGCAGUUACUCCGGCAUGUUCAAGAUGAGCGUGCAGUGUAAAAACCGGUCAGAGAGCGACCUAGGCAUAGAAGUAGAAUUUGAAUACCCAUUCAGGCUCCACCAGGCUUAUUUCAACGCCCCCACUUGUAAAGGUGGAAACCCUGACCAGGUGUUCCUGAGCGGGGACUACUCCUCCUCAGCGGAGUUCUUUGUCACCAUCGGUGUCUUUUCCUUCCUCUACUCCAUGGCAGCCCUCUCUGCGUACUGUUUCUUGCUGGAGAAGUACCGUGAAAACAACAAGGGAGCUCAGAUUGACUUUGUUGUGACGGCAGUGUUUGCUUUCAUGUGGCUGGUGUCUUCAUGUGCUUGGGCCAAAGGCCUGUCUGAUGUGAAAACAGCGACCGAUCCAGAGAGAGUAAUCACUGACAUCCCAGCCUGCAACGAACCAGAGAACCAGUGCCGUGAGGUCUAUGACCCCAAGGUCUCUGGCCUCAACACCUCUGUGGCUUUUGGCUUCAUCAACCUAAUCCUGUGGCUGGGAAACCUGUGGUUCGUCUUCAAGGAGACUGGCUGGAUGGCCGCCUUCUCUGGCACGUACGUCCCAUCGCAGGAGAAGCAGCCCGCCCCUGAUUCCUUCGUCCAGGGAGGUUACGGCCAGCAGGACCCUUACGCCGGGUCCCAGGGAGGCUACCAGCCCGAGUACGGCCAGCAGGGGGGCUACAGCGAGGACGGAGGUUACAGCCAGGGUUACGACCAGCAGCCCACUUCCUACUCUAAUCAAAUGUGAGCCUGUCCAGCCGAAACGCAGCUGCAGGAUGGGUGCCAUUGUGAUUUCGGAGUGUGGCCCUCAACCAUCAUUCGCAUUUCCACACUCCUCUGUUUGUCUGUGUGUGUGUAUCUGUGAGUUGACAGGCGGAGGCAGGGAGUCAUGGAGGGCAGAAACAGGUGGGGCUCGGGGAGGGUAACACAGGGGAGGGGGGGAGUUUAACAUGAUGUUUCUUCUCGUGAUGUAUUUAACUGUAGAAGACAACAGAGGAUUGUCUGUUUGAUUAUACGAGAAAAACUUGAAUACAAAUACCAAAAUAUUUGUUGACGAACAUUUAAGAUGAAUAUUGAUAUGGAAAAGGAUUUAUGAAAAAAAAAUUGUAGUAACAUUUAACUUGGGAGAAUGUAUUUGUCUGUGCUGUGUAAAUAUCAACACGCUGAUCUAAAUAUAUAUAAUUAUAUGUGCGCCGCUGAAUAAUUGUGCACUCCAUAGUUGUUUUACAGCAAAUGUUGAGCACACACUUAUUCACUUGUGUUCAGUUCUUUUGAGGAGCUCACGUACAGUAGUGGAACCUUUGCCCGUCAAUUCCCUUAAAUGAUCGAUAUCACAAUGAUGGAAGGUUAGAGAAGUGAGCAGAGAACGGGUAAAGUAUUGUGGGAUAGAUGUUAAUAAUUGGUUAUAUUUAGGAUUUUCUCUGUAUUUAUUUUUCCAUCAUAAAGGCCUUGAGCCUUUAAACAGGAUGCACUCUGUUAAUAUACAAACUCAAAUGCAUAGGGGUUAGGGACCUUAGUGAGCAUGGUAGCGUCUCAUAUUUGCUGUGCUGUUUCAGGAACUAUUAUAGUGUGCUAUCAGUACAUGUAUGUAAUCUGUGACUCGGGACAGUGAAGAACAGUUUUAGCAGCGUGUGUUUGUUUAUUUGUUGGGAUUCAUGUAACAGCAUCAAAUUGGUUUUGUCGAUGAACCUCUUUCUGUUCUUGGUCGCCUUUCAUGUGGUCCUGAAAGUUGUACGACAGAGUUAUAUAGUUUUCUAACCGUGUAUUAAUCUCGCAUACGUACAUUAACAUGAACACCUUUUAUUAGACCUGGGUUAUGGCAUCGUAGACACCUCUCCUGCAUCUUCAGCCCUUCUCCUUUUGGAGGAACGCUACAGCACUGCAUGUAACUUAUAUCCUAGAGCAUCUCUAAACACAAACUAUAUGAGAGGCUGAGGCUCAGGGCUGCAGGGAAGCAUCAGGCUGCUUUUUAAUAUCAAGGAGUAUUGACCCAACGUAGUGGUUAGGACAAAGCAAGUAGAACAGCUCUGCUACACAUCAAUUAAAGCACAAAUUACAGUAAGUGCUGCAAUAAUUAUAGUAAUCCUUUCCAGAUAUACAGUAAAUACACCUGUUUACUGGCAGAUCUCUGUUUGGAUGUUGGGUUGCCACAAAGAGAUGUUUUAUUGGUAGUUUUGCUUCCAGUCCUCAGAAUCAGGUGUCGUCCAUCUUCAAUACAUCGUUUCAAUUCCCAGCCUUGGAUUGACCCUUUUUUAAAUUUUAAAUCAGGGUUCUUUGAUUCAAGCCGUGUAGAAGUACCUGGCUUUCUCUCUUCCUCUAGUCCCCCCCUUGUUUUUCUGUAUCUCUUUCUCCUUUCUCUCUUUCACUCUAGCUCUUAUAAGUAUGCUGAAAUGAAAUAUACUCUGUUGUUAGUGGUGAAUGACGUCUUGUGAUAUUCCCUAUGCCUUUGGAUAGUGCCGUGUUUAUCGUGUAUGACGUAUUCAAAUUAGUAUUAAUGAUAAUGAAUAAUCAGUAAAAAAAUAUCAAAGACUCUCCAGAACUCUUCUGUAUUCUUAUUAUAUGGGAUCCAUGUGAAACUAAAUGAAAUAAAAUUGAAAUUAUUCUGUUGAAGGUUAAA